AUGUCUCUGCGUCCCUCCACUGCUCCUCUGCGUGCCCCUUUGCCUUCUCCUCCUGAGUCCUCUCUUCCUGCGCUUGCCGACCCGGCGUCGGACUCCCUGCGUGCUGCGAGUCCUACUGUCACGCGUCUCCUUGCUACUGACGUCACUGACCCCUCUUUUGAGUCCACUGCUGCGUCUGCUCUUGUUGCUGAGCUCGUCGACUUUGCUGCUCGCUGUCGUCUAGACUACGCUGCUAGUCUUGUUGCUGAGUCUGCGUCUGUCUGUCCUCCGUCCGUCGGGGGUGAGUGUGCUCUUGGCACGGACGUCCUUGAGGACAGGCAGGAGGAGUUCCAGUGUCUGGCUGCUGCUUCACCUCAUCUCGCGUCUGCAGCUAUGGAUGCAGAGAUGGCUUCCUGGAAGUCCACAGGCACCUAUGUUGACGCGGUUCCCCCUCCUGGGGCGAACAUCGUCAGUGGGAUGUGGAUCUUCAGGGUGAAGCGGCCGCCGGGCUCUCCACCUGUCUUUAAGGCGCGGUACGUGGCUCGUGGCUUCAGUCAGCGGCAGGGAGUUGACUACUUUCAGACCUUCUCUCCCACCCCGAAGAUGACCACUCUUCGGGUGCUGCUGCACAUAGCCGCUCAGCGCGACUACGAGCUCCACUCUCUUGACUUCAGCACUGCUUUCUUGCAUGGUAGCCUGCACGAGGAGAUCUGGCUGCGCCGUCCGCCUGGCUUCACUGGGACUUUCCCUCCUGGCACCCAGUGGAGCCUCCGACGGCCAGUCUACGGUCUCCGCCAGGCACCGCGUGAGUGGCGCGACACACUGAGGACUACGCUUGCGGCUCUUGGGUUUGCUCCCUCUACUGCUGACCCGUCGUUAUUUCUGCGCACCGACACUUCUCUGCCGCCGUUCUACAUCCUCGUGUACGUCGACGACUUGGUCUUUGCCACAGCUGACACUGUUGGACUCGCCUACGUGAAGUCCGAGCUGCAGAAGAGACACACGUGCACUGACCUGGGUGAACUGCGCAGCUACCUUGGCUUGCAGAUCCCUCGGGACAGAGCACGCCGCACCAUUACCUUGACUCAGUCACACAUGGUGCAGCAGGUCCUUCAGCGCUUCGGCUUCACGUACUCCUCGCCUCAGGCCACUCCUCUGUCUACUCGCCACUCGCUCUCAGCUCUGCCUUCGGAUGAGUCCGUAGAGUCGAGUGGCCCAUACCCAGAGCUUGUUGGCUGCCUCAUGUACCUGAUGACCUGCACACGACCUGACCUUGCAUACCCUCUUAGCAUCUUAGCAGGCUAUGUUGCUCCUGGGAGACACCGACCAGAGCACAUGGCUGCAGCGAAGAGGGUGUUGCGCUACUUGUGCAGUACGUCGGGCAUGGGGCUAGUGCUUGGAGGGCGGUGUCCAGUAGUCCUCUCUAGGCACGCGGACGCUUCUUGGGCUGACGACCAGGCUACUCAGCGGUCGUCACAGGGUUACACCUUCAGUCUUGGUUUCGGCUCUGUUUCGUGGCGGGCUACUCGCUCGUCUUCUGUUCUUGGCUCCAGUUGUGAGGCUGAGAUCUACGCCGGGGCCAGGGGUGCACAGGAGUUUCGCUGGCUCACCUACCUGCUGACUGACCUUGGAGAGCCGCCUAGUUCUCCUCCAGUGCUGUACGUAGACAACAAGGCUAUGCUGGCCUUGUGUCGAGAGCAGCGCUUGGAGCACAGAACGAAGCACAUUGCUCUCCGUUACUUUCUUGCUCGUGAGCUGCAGCAGCGUGGUCAGUUGCGACUUGCGUACGUGGCCUCAGAGGCCAACACUUCUGAUGUUUUCACCAAGGCACUUGCGCCUUGUGAUCAUCAGCGCUUCUGCAUUCAGCUGGGACUUGUCCCAGUCUUGCCUCACUUGCUCAUCUCUUGA